AUGCUUUUUCAUUCGUUGUCGACUUUCGCUCUUUUAACUCUACUGUCUUUACCUCUAUCUGCAACCGCUUCAGUUGCCUACUGCAAUAACCAAGAUUACGAAUCAGGAGCCCUAGGAGAAUCCCCAUACCAAAGCUAUAAUGCAGCCCCCUUCCAACCUGUUCAGCUAAACUAUGCCCUCCCAACAGCCGAUUGCCCUUCCAAUAGCCAGGUCUCGGGAUAUUUCAUGAUCUCCCCACUCGGAAGUGAACUUCAUAUGACCGGAGGAGGAUAUAUCAUGAAUCCAAACGGAACCAUGGUCUACUUCUCUUCAGGUUUUGGCUCGAUUGUCAUCCUACGUGGAGUUUUCACCUAUCAAGGAGAGGACCAUCUGGGUAUUUGGGUCAGUGAUGGCUCUGUUCCAAUGCCUUCAGGACACGGAAGCGGAUGGAAUAUCCUUUUGGAUAGGUCUUAUAAUACCGUUGCCACGAUCACAACUUCGGGCUUGUCAGUUGGCGCCGAUCUUCAUGAGCUUCAUGUUACUUCAAACAACACUGCUAUCAUUACUGCGUUCCCCACGGACGAAGCAGACUUGUCUGCUUAUGGUGGCUCCACGACUGGCUACGUAUUAAACCCUGUUGCUCAGGAAAUUGAUAUAGCUACAGGAGAAGCAAUUUUCACUUGGAAGGCCUUGGACCAUGUUAGCCCUAGCGAGUGUUAUGCGCCCUUUGGAACUACUUCCACUGGGUAUGGCAUCGCCACGGAUCCCUGGGAUUACUUCCACAUGAAUUCUAUUCAAAAAAACGAUGACGGGACUUAUCUCAUUUCAUCCAGACACUGUCAUACACUAUACCUUGUGAACUCCGCAGGCGAAAUUCUAUGGCGCAUGGGAGGGAAAAACUCGAAUUUCACGCUGAACGAAGGAGCUAAUUUCACCUGGCAGCAUCACGUUCGAUUCCGCGGCUCUGGACAACUUUCCCUCUUCGAUAACGGUGCGACGGAAUGGGAACAAGAUAUCCCCUACUCCCAGGGUCUCCUACUUGACUAUGAUGAAUCUGCGAUGACUGUGUCCCUUUUAUCUGCGAGAGCGCCAUACGACCGUACAAACACGGUUUCGCAAGGCAGUGUGGAACUUCUUUCGGAUGGAACUUCCAUUGUCGGUUGGGGUGCUAUGCCCUAUUUUUCUGGGCACGACACAGCUGGCAACAUCAUCUGGUCUGCUCAAUUUGCUGUUGCAAGCUCAGGUAUUAGCUCAUACCGAGUCUUUCUGAAUGAUUGGACUGGCCGGCCUAGCGUUCCUCCUUCGCAUAAAGUUACCUCCCCUUUCUCAGGCAAUAUCACUGUCUAUGCCUGGUGGAACGGCGCUACUGAGGUGGUAUCAUGGGAACUCCUUGGAUCUCGUCUCCUCACACCCUUAAAGGCGACUAGCUUGAGCAACGCGAGUAAAACGGACUUCGAAACUACCCUCGUCUAUUCUGGCUCGGGAUAUGCGUAUUACCAGGUGGCCGCCCUCAAUGCCAACGGACAGGUUUUGAAAUAUUCUAACUUCACCGCGCUGGAUGGAACUACCUUUGGGCCAGCGGAUAAUCAGACUGUCACUGCUGCCCCAUUGAGCUGA